AACUCCUAAAAUCAAACAAUUCAUCUUUGUGUGUGAUUUCUCCCAAGUAACUGUCCUAACUCCGAUCAUUCUACUUUCUCAAAAUGUCUCACACACACGACCAUGAAAAUAUGGACAUGCAUAAUAAGCCUAUGUCCAAUGGCAAUGAUACUAUGAUGAUGAUGAACAUGGGCAACAUGGUCAUGCAGAUGAAUUUCUAUUGGGGGAAAAACGCGACGAUUUUAUUCAAAGGUUGGCCAGACAAUAACCUAGGCAUGUACAUAUUGUCUUUGUUCUUUGUUUUCUUUAUGGCCUUUGCUGUUGAGAUUUUGUCGAUGGACCUGAUAAUCAAGAAGAGUAUGAAUACCAUAGUUGGUGGACUGAUUCUGAAUUCGAUUUACUAUACUGUUCGAAUGGUUCUUGUUUAUUUUGUUAUGCUUGCUGUUAUGUCCUUCAACGUUGGAAUUUUCAUUGUUGCAAUCUUAGGCCAUGGUUUGGGGUAUUUCUUCGUUAAAUUUCGUGAACUUGCGGCGGCUGAUUCUCCAGCACAGACCACGGGCUCAAAUGCUACUGAGCCUUGGGUUUAAUUGUAUGGUAGCAAUUUUAAUCUUUGCUUGAUAUUGACUCCUGUUUUAUUUUUUUUCAUGGGGAGAAUUAGAGUAAGGAUUCAUUAAAAUUUGUCCGAGCCGUAAUAGUUGUUAUUGUUGGACAAAUUGAUUGGCUCAUAUAUAUUAAAAAAAAAAAACUUCGUUUAUUUGGCUUUUGUUGUGAUGAUCUUCAUUUUUUGGUCCUGCAAUAUUUCUUUUUCCUGCAGAAAGAUUAAUGUCUCUGUGCAUAAUAUGCUGGAUUAUGGAGCUCUUGCGUAUAAACUUCCAGCAUAUUAUGUUAGAACUCUAUCACACAUAAAGUUCCAGGAUAAUAUGCUAAAUUAUGGAGCUCCUACAUAUAAACUUCUAGCAUAUUAUGAUGAAACUCCAACACAU